UGUCAAAAUUGGCCCUCACUGAUAUUAGCAGUCCAAAUAAGGUAAUGCCAAAUCUUUUGUUUGUUGAUUUCAUUUUUCAAUCCCAUAGGCGUAGUAGGUGAAGAGAAAGUCAGCAUAUUGUCUAUCGUUGUGGUGAUGGCACUCCGAAAUGCGAGUUUGUUCUCCAAAUCAACUUUAACAGAUAAUCGAUUCCAAGUAAAAUUGAGGUCUCCCUCUUCUCCAGUAAAAGUGGGUUACAAGCAGAGGUUAAUGGUAGCAGCAGCUCUAGAUAACAAGAGCAACGUCGGCGGCGGAGACGCCAAGAAGGGUGGCGCAGUCCCCAACUCUAAUUAUGUGGUACCCCUUGAUAAAUCUGCUUCUUGCAUCACUCGUCCACUUGCCGAGAUCCUCCGAGAUCUCAACAAAAGAAUUCCUGAUAACAUCCUCAAACCCAACUCCAAAAUCAUUCCAUGGUACCACGCUAAUCGAAUGUUGAGUUUCUAUGCCCCAGGCUGGUGUGGAGAAGUGCGUGAUGCUAUCUUCUCUGAUGAUGGAAGUGUAACAGUUGUCUACCGUGUCACUAUACGAGGAUCUGAUGGAGAGGCAUAUCGUGAAGCUACUGGAACAAUAUUGUCUAGUGACCCAAAUACUGCUGAUCCAGUUGCUGCCGCAGAAGAGAUUGCCUUUGUCAGGGCCUGUGCUCGUUUUGGGCUUGGGUUGUAUUUAUAUCACGAGGAGUAAUUCAUUUUUCCCAUGUUUAUUCUGGAUUUUGAUGUACAUACAAUCAUGUCUAGAUAAAGAUGUGUCACAUGACAUAUCAUACAUGUUGACAUUGAAUGAGCAUCAGGUGAAAGCUUGAUGCUUUUGAGAGCUGUAAUUCUCUCCUGAAAGUAAAGCCAAACAAUGAGUUUACGAUUAGUACAAGUUAGUAUACCCAUCGGGGGAUUUGUCUGACUUUGCCUUAUCAAAUGACAUGAUUCGGAUUUUAGAUUG